ACCGCCAUUAAAAAAGUCUUGCGAAUUUUGAUACAUUCAACGAAUUACAAGUUAUUUUUCGCGAGACUGAUUUCUCUUAAAAUAUUCUAUUACAUAAUUUUAUGCAAACGGUACAGUUGGAACAAUAUAAGAACAUAUUACGAACGCGGCGAAAUUAGCCGGGUGAAAUUGGAAAAGUUGGAUAAAUAUGACUGUUCGAACGCACCUAUCAGCGUUUCGCGAGCGUGGCCCGUGAUUCUUUGCGCGUUAGAGUACGGACCAAGGUUUUCCGAUCGGUUGUCGUAGUUUGAGGAGGUGAAAAGUGUGGCGGUGCUCGCUUCGCUGUUCUUUAUGAACUCUUAUAUUUAACGAACGAAUUCUUUUCACAGCCAUGUCAACUGCAACUACACAUAAAUACCGUUACAAAAAUGCGGGGCUGGACUCACAAGAAUUAAGACGGCGUAGAGAAGAAGAAGGUGUGCAAUUGAGGAAACAGAAACGAGAGCAACAGCUAUCAAAGAGGCGCAAUGUUCCUAACAUUGAUGCUGAUGAUGAAAAUGUUGUAACGGAUGAAUGUGCAGUUCCUGCACCACAAUUGCAAUCUCCUACUAUCACAAUGGAAAUGGUGCAAGCAUUAUAUAGUCCUGAUCCAGAAAAACAAUUGGCAGCUACUCAAAAGUUUAGAAGAAUGUUAUCCAGGGAACCAAAUCCGCCAAUAGAAGAAGUUGUAGAAACAGGAAUUGUACCUAGAUUCGUUGAAUUGUUAAAAAAUAAUACAAACUGCACUCUACAGUUUGAAGCUGCAUGGGCUUUAACGAAUAUAGCAAGUGGAACAUCUCAGCAAACACGUAUAGUGAUAGAGGCAGGGGCUGUGCCUACCUUUAUUUCAUUACUUAGUUCGGAAUAUGAAGAUGUUCAGGAGCAAGCUGUUUGGGCAUUGGGCAAUAUUGCAGGAGAUAGUCCUGCGUGCAGAGAUCAUGUAUUAGAUUGUGGAAUUCUCGCGCCUCUCCUUCAACUACUUUCUAAGCCAACUCGCCUAUCAAUGACACGUAACGCAGUAUGGGCAUUAUCGAAUCUCUGUCGAGGCAAGAAUCCGGCGCCGGUUUUCCAGAAAGUCUCUCCAUGUCUACCUGUUCUAGCACAUAUUCUUAAUCACUCGGACGGCGAUGUUCUCGCUGACGCUUGCUGGUCUUUAUCUUACUUAAGCGAUGGUCCGAAUGAAAAAAUUCAAGCUGUUAUAGAUGCGGGUGUGUGCAGACGUUUGGUAGAACUACUCAUGCAUCAACAAAACAAUGUAAUAAGUGCGGCUCUCCGAGCAGUGGGGAACGUAGUGACGGGAGACGAUGUACAAACGCAAGUUGUUCUCAAUUGUUCUGUGCUACCUUGUCUUUUGCAUCUCUUAAAUUCACCACGAGAUCCAGUUCGUAAAGAGGCUUGUUGGACAGUUUCUAACAUCACGGCAGGAAAUCCUCAGCAAAUUCAGGCAGUCAUCGACUGCCAGAUAUUUCCAGUUUUAAUUGACAUUCUGGGAAAGGCUGAGUUCAAAACACGAAAAGAAGCAGCAUGGGCAAUUACUAAUGCUACCAGUGGCGGUACACCCGAACAAAUUCGUUACCUCGUGUCACAAAGAUGCGUUCCUCCGUUGUGUGAUUUGUUGACAGUGAUGGACGCUAAGAUCGUCCAGGUCGCAUUAAACGGCUUAGAAAAUAUUCUUCGCCUUGGAGAACAAGAUGCUAUACACAGUGGCAUGAAUCAGUAUGCGGUAUUAAUCGAACAAUGUUUCGGCCUAAACAAAAUAGAAUUUUUGCAAUCUCAUCCGAACAUAGAAAUUUAUCAAAAGGCCUUCGACAUAAUUGAACGAUACUUCGGUUCCGAGGAAGAAGACGCGCGAAUCGUGCCCACCAUCGAUUCACAGGGACAACAAUUUCAGUUUGAAGCAUCCGACUCGCCUCAACUGCCAGUCGAAGGCUUCGACUUUUAAUUGAUUGAUUUUAAUUGAAAUUCCGAAUGUAUUUCCGGAUUCGAUCUUGUUUCGUUCGUUGCGUUUACGACUAGUUCUCGUAACGAGACAAUCUUUGAAAUUACAGAAUCGAUCAGACGUGAAGAGUGGUAUAUUUAUACAUAUACAUUGAAUUCGUUUGUAUCCGAAAGAAAAGAAAUAAUAUCAGUAAUAUCUCGAGGUGAUCAGUUUUUUCUGCUCUCGGUGAUAAAAGAAUUAGUAUAAAAAAAUUUUUGUACGCAGUUAUUUUAAAAUGAUUUUUUCUGUUUAUUUUUUAUCUACACACCAUAUGCGACCGGCAUUAGGUUCUCUAUUGAAAUGUGAAUAACCUUAUGCGAAAUUUUAACGAUGCUUUGAAAUAAUUUGAUCAGGGCCCGGUUUAUCAUUUUCGGAAAACUCAUAAACAUAAAACAUAUUUAGUAUGAAGCAUAUUCAGUUUAUCUUUGAAGAAAAAAAAGUUAACAAAUAUCUUUAGCGCUUAAGUAGAAACGGAUAAGUACGGAAACAAUGAUCAAGACGAUUUACUACUAUUGAGGCAAAUUUGAGCCUCAUAUGACGUUAUGACUGACUCUGAAUUACGAAAGAAAAAAACUUGCACAACCAGCAAGACACUAACGACUGAAGUACGCGACUACGUAGCCAACACGGACAACAUUACGCAACGCGGUACUCACAUCCUUACUACACUAGGUAGGAACAUGACCAAUUAAACUUUUUUACUGUAAAUACGUAUCUUGUAAUUUUAAGGCUAUUCUAUACAGAGUGCCCUUAAGAAACGAAGCAACAUUUACGUCGAAUUAACGAUUAUGACUUCCUUUCCAAUUUCAUACAUUUUUAUUAAUUAAUUGUUUCUAUUUUGUUAUGACGUAUUAACAACUGCAUUACAAUCGACUAAAACUGUAUUAUAAAAUUUAAGCGCAUUUUAAAUUUUAUUAAAAUUCAAAGUUAUAAAAUGUGUUUAACUAUAUUGUAUUUGUGGUUACAAAAUAGUAGGUGAUUCUUUUAUUUAUUAUAAAGUAUUUCUUUCAGAGAUCGUGUUUAUACAAAAUUAUUAUAUUAUAUGUAUACAAUGCAUGUAUAUACAUAUAAAAAUUGUAUAUGUAUUUUUUUUUUGUUUUGGAAAAUCUUUCCAGUUUUGUUAAAUAUAAAUUUAAAUUUUGCGCGAAUUAUAAUGAGGAUUGAUUGUAUCGCGAUUGUACAGCACACGAAAUUUUGGACAUUCUGUAUAAAAGGUCUGUGACUGUAUAAAAUGUAUUUAUUAUUUAGGUUUGACGGUACCAUACUAUAUUAUACAAGAUAAUAUAAAUAUAUAUUACCUACUUUUAGUUACUGACAUGAAUUACUACGACAGAGAAGGACUGUAUUAUAAGAAUUCCGUGAGCGACCACUUUGCUAAUGGCGCCAUUUUUAGCAAAGUGUAUACUUACGAGUACUUGUUGCCAAUUUAUAAAAUGCUUACCAAAAUAGAAUAUAAGCAUAUUUGAAACGGAUUUGUCAUUUUAUGUUGUGCACGCUAUUCUUAAAUAAAAUGUGAUAAAAGUAUCUCAAAAUCUUUAUUAUAUAGGAUGAGAUGUUAGAUUCAAGACAUCUGAAUAGCUAUGUUGCAAUUUGAAAGUACCGAAAAGCGUAUGAAAUAAGAUCUAACGCAUUUUAUUAUAUUUUUAAGUCCAUCACAGAUAUUCAGAUGUAUUUUUCACAUUUCACCCUAUAUAUCAAUACUUAAUUGCAUAAAUCAUGUUCAUAAAUUUUCUUGAUCUUCCUUUCUUACAUACAUAAUUUUAUCUUUCGGAUACGUUCUUGAACCUCGAUACAAUAUGAUAUCUUUGUAACUUAUUUAAUAUUAAUUAGUUGCAUAAAUAAAAUCUCUUGGAAACAUUUUUUUUCUGUUCAACAGUCUAUCGAUAUAUCAAUGAAAAUAGGAGAUUUCUGUUUCCGAUAGAAACGCAUUGUAAAUUGGCAAUUUGGAACACUCACAUCACAUUGACUGCAAAUUGACAUAUAAUACAAUAACACGAACGUACAAUGUGACACAUACAAUGUGAAUCUGUUCAUUGUAUUUUAGUUCAAAGCUACAGACAUGUGUCAUUCAAAAGUGUAAAUUGAAACCAUGCCAGAGGCAUUGAUCUUGUUGUUAUAUUUUUUGAAAAUUUGUAGAAACCGCCAAAUCACCAUCGGGUAUCUUCAUCUAAAGAUGUUGAUUUUCUGUACUGUCAUUUGACGAAACAAAAUAAAGUUGAAUAUUAAUACAAAUACAAAUUGUAUUUAUUUAACAUUUACUACAUAAAUAUAUUC